AUAAGAAAACAAAAUUUCUUAUGAGAAACGUGGAUGGCCGAUGUGGGAAUCCUCUUUCCUUUCCACUGAGAGCCAGGCAACGCCGGCGUUCAAAGUAGGAAAAAGAAAGAAAAAGUAAAAAUAAGUGGGUCCCACCAUAGAAAAAAAUAAAAUGGAAAUCAAUGAAGAGGUGGUGAUGAGGAACUGAGAGAGAGAGAGACAGAAAGGUGAAGAAGCUGAAGAAGAAGAAGAAGAAGAAGUGGGGGGCCGAGAAGAGGCUAUGGGGGACGGAAGCUCCGGCGGCGGCGGCAACAGAGGGCUGGUGGCUAGCGGCAAUUCAAACAGCAACAAUAAUAAUAAUAGCAAUAGCAAUAGCAAUAACAGCAGCAGCAACAACAACAAACCGCAGUGGCUGCAGCAGUACGAUCUCAUUGGCAAGAUUGGUGAAGGAACCUACGGCCUCGUCUUCCUCGCACGCACUAAAUCUCCUAACAAUCGCGGAAAAUCCAUUGCCAUCAAGAAAUUCAAGCAGUCCAAGGACGGCGAUGGUGUCUCCCCUACCGCCAUACGUGAAAUCAUGUUAUUGCGGGAGAUAUCGCACGAGAAUGUGGUGAAGUUGGUGAAUGUUCAUAUUAACCAUGUGGACAUGUCGCUCUAUCUUGCAUUUGAUUACGCCGAGCAUGACCUCUAUGAAAUUAUUCGGCAUCACAGGGACAAGGUUAACCAAGGUAUCAAUCCAUACACUGUUAAGUCAUUGCUAUGGCAGCUGCUCAAUGGACUGAAUUAUCUCCACAGUAAUUGGAUUAUCCAUCGAGAUCUGAAGCCAUCUAAUAUCUUGGUUAUGGGUGACGGGGAGGAGCAGGGAGUUGUUAAAAUUGCUGAUUUUGGACUUGCAAGAAUAUAUCAAGCUCCCCUGAAGUCAUUAUCCGAAAAUGGGGUUGUGGUGACCAUUUGGUAUCGAGCACCAGAGUUGCUCCUUGGGGCGAAGCACUAUACAAGUGCUGUUGACAUGUGGGCUGUUGGUUGCAUUUUUGCUGAGCUUUUGACUCUGAAGCCACUAUUUCAAGGAGCAGAAGUGAAAGCCCCUCCAAAUCCUUUCCAGCUUGAUCAACUUGACAAGAUAUUCAAGGUUUUAGGUCAUCCCACACUAGAAAAGUGGCCAACACUUGCAAAUCUUCCACAUUGGCAACAAGACCUACAACAUAUUCAAGGUCAUAAAUACGACAAUCAUGGACUGCAUGGAUUUGUUCAUCUCCCUCUAAAAAGUGCUGCAUAUGAUCUCUUGUCUAAGAUGCUCGAGUAUGAUCCUCGAAAGCGUAUAACAGCAGCACAAGCUCUAGAGCAUGAGUAUUUUCGCGUUGAACCUUUACCAGGACGCAAUGCUCUAGUACCCCCCCAAGGAGAGAAAGUUGUCAAUUAUCCUACUCGUCCGGUAGACACAACUACAGAUUUUGAAGGGACAACUAGUCUUCAGCCUUCACAGCCGGUAUCAUCUGGAAAUACAGUAUCGGGAAGCAUGCAACCUGCUCAUGGAGUGACAGGCCGAUCUGUCCCACGGCCAUUGCUUGGCAUGCCGAGGAUGCAGCCUCAGGGCAUGGCACCUUAUAAUCUCGCAUCUCAGGCUGGGAUGGGUGGUGGGAUGAACCCUGGUGGCAUCCCAAUGCAACGUGGUGUCUCUGCUCAUCAGCAGCAACAGUUUCUUCAACAGUUAAGAAGGAAAGAUGCAGGAAUGGGAAUGGGCGGAUACCCUCCACAACAGAAACCAAGACGCAUGUGAGAGCUUUUAAGGGGAAGCUGUAGGUAACUCCGAUUGUCUAAAUACCUGAACUCAUCCAUGACAUUUUGCAUAAUGAAGUUCACAAGGUUUGCGUUCAUUACAUCCAAACCUUGUCGAUCAAUUUCAAAUGCGUUUUCAAGUCAUCCCCCAACAAAAGGAUGGAGGACCAGUAGAGUUCUUCAGAGCCUGAAUGCUGCAGCUUCAUUUAUCUUGGAAUACAGGAUGGUGCCUCCGAUGGGGAGGUAAAAAAAUGCACGAAGCUGCAAAUCUGGCUGGAGUUCAUCGUGCAUGCAGUUGUACAAUAAAUCGAUACCUAGCGGAGUUUGUUGUAUUUUUUGCUCCUAAGCAAAGCUUAUUAUAGACAUGUUGUUGGUAGAUGAUAUUGAAUUGUUUGUAGUUUUGCCGCUAAGCUUGGCAUGAAGUCAUACGUAGUCGAUCUCUAGUUUCCCACUUGAAAAGAGUGAAAGGGUGGGAAUGUUUGUAGCUACAUAAUUUGUUACCAUGUCGAUGAGAUCCCAACUAGUGUGACUCAUGCUGGUACAUAAUCCCUUCUUCUUCUUUU